CAUGUCAUUUGUAAACUCUCUAUAACUGUCACAGAACAAGCCUCUGUGGCUCCCUCCGAUCGCCACCAGAGGGCACUAUCACCUGAGUAAUGACUUUCCUGUGGACUCCAUUUCCCAUCCUUCCCUGUACCUGGUGCUGAUUACUCUCACACCUGUUUCUCAUCCGGUGGACUAUUUAAGCAGCUCUCUCUCUCUUCUCUAUGCAAAGUUUUGUUUUGCCGUGGCUGACAAUCCUGAGCGUUUUCUUCCUGUGUAUUGUUUUCCUCGUGUAUGACCCUGGACUGUUUAUCUUGUUACGACCCAUUGCUGCCUGUCCCUGAUUUAUUGCUCUGUUUGUUUGGAUUAUCGCUUCACUGUCUGCUGCCUGCCCUGACCACUUGCCUGCCUCAUGACUACGAUACUGCUCUGCCUUGUUUGUACCUGUUACCGGUGAUUGACCUUUGCUUGUUUGCACUACGAUUGUUCACAAUAAAGCCGCAGAUGGAUCCCAACUCCAAUGACUCCUCAUUACAGAAAACUUCGCCUGACCCAGAUCCAGCGGCCCUUUAUCGUCUUUCCACAGAGGUUUCAGCUCAUGCUAAUGUGCUAGUGGCACAUCAACAACAGCUUAACCGUCUGACUUCACUCACGGAAGAAUUAGUUAAGACGCUGCAGAGUUUUCGCUUAACCUCCUCCGAAGCAAGCCAAGUUUCAGCAACACCCGAAUCUAACUCCGUGACCAUGACCACAACCACAACCAGCCCUGGCCUCAACUUCCCAGAAAAGUUUGAUGGCUCUCUAACCAAAUGUUAAAUUUUUUGCUUCAGUAUUCACUGUUUGUGUCUCAGCAACCCACGUUAUAUCCCACUGAGGAGAGUCACAUUUCAUUUGUUUGCUCACUGUCAACUGACAGAACGUUAGAGUGGGCCACGGCCAUCUGGAAUGAGGGUAGACCAACCUUUACAACUUUCAACAGUUUUCUUCAGAGAUUUCGGGAGAUUUUUGAACAUCCAGAAGGAGAUAAAGAGGCGGGUGAACAGUUACUAGCGCUGCGACAGGGGAAGCGCACUGCAGCGGACUAUGCUCUCUCUUUCCGAACACCAGCAGCUCAAACCGGCUGGGUGGAUGACACUCUUAAGUGGCUGUUUCGGAAGGGAUUGAAUAUGGAUCUUCAGUCAGAACUUGCUUGUCGUGAUGAGGGAAGGAAUUUAGAUCAGUUCAUUGACCUGGCCAUUCGUAUAGACAAUUUGAUUCGCUCCAGGCUCCAAACCAGAGACCCUUCAACCCUCUCAGCUGUUCUGCCAGCAACCACAUCCGAUUCCGAACCCAUGCAGAUUGGUUUAGCCCGUCUAUCACCAGAAGAAAGAGAACACUGUGUGCGUUAGAGACUUUGCUUGUACUGUGGGCAACCUGGGCACCUGAGAGCUUCCUGUCCCAUGCGUCCACCUCAAAGAAACCCCGCUAUGGUGAGUACUUAUUCUCCAUCAUCCCAAAAUGUUGAAAUAACUGUGGUACUCACUUGCGGUGGUAAAUCUUUCACUACUACGGCCAUGAUUGAUUCUGGGGCAGCUGCUAAUCUGAUAGAUGCAAACUUUGCCAGAACUCACAACAUUCCUCUAAUCCCAUGUAACUCUGUGUUGGCAGUGGCAGCGUUAGAUGGACGCCCUCUAGGGUCUGGUCUCAUUCAGUACACUACUGAAGAUGUCACUUUGCAAACUGGAGCCCUUCAUCAAGAAACCAUCAGAUUUUUCCUCAUUGAAUCACCUCAGAACCCUAUUAUCCUUGGUCUCCCCUGGCUACAACAACAUAACCCCACCAUAUCUUGGACUGGUAAUCAAAUCACCCAAUGGUCUGACUCGUGCAUGCUGAACUGUAUCCAACCCCUUGCCAAUAAGAGUAUUCUUGCUUCCACUGAUGAGGUACUUCCUGCUUCAGUCCCCAAUCUCCCCACCAGAAUAUCAUGAUUUAAUAGAAGCCUUCAGCAAGACCAAAGCCUCACAACUCCCUCCUCACUGAUCCAGUGACUGCGCCAUUGAACAACUUCCAGGAAGCCAUGCCACCCAAGGGUCGAAUAUUGGACAAAUGGAGAGCACAUGGCAUGCAUGAUAUUAAGAAAUCAUGAAUAAUGUUGAAAUAACAAAGAUAAUUUUCACAAGUAAUAGUUUUCUAUCUUUAAUUGAUGUAACGGGGUUGAGUCGUUAAGCUUGACAAACACAAUUUCACAACAUAAUUAAGUUAUAAUUAUUAAAAGGUGGUAACUUGCCUGCGUCUGCUCACAGUGUUGUUCAGAAGACUUCUAUGAUGUCACUUCCUAUUAAUGAUGUCACAUAAGUAUCAGUUCAUUAUUUUUAUAGGGGGAGAAUGGUUUGUGUAACGGGGUUGAGGGGUUACUGAGGUACAGAACUAAAUAAUGUGAUUUUAAUGAAUAAUCAUGAAUUUACUUAGAAAAAGUAAAGUACACUUUCAAGUACACUUUCAUAGAAGGCCUUGAGGGACAUGAUAAAAUAGGUGGUGUCAACUGAAAAAAACAAAAUAAUUUCUAAUAUAAAGAUAAAAUCUAUGUCAUGUUUUUAAACAUUAUUAAAGGAGACAUUUCAAUUAAUACAAAAAGCUUUUAAAAAUAUAUUUUGGUGACCCAAUAGAUAAAAUACACUAAAAAAGGUCAGAGGGACUCAAAUCAUACCGGUUUCAUGGAAUGACUCUAAUAAUGAUGUAAAAAAAUCUAUAUAAUCCAUAUUUAUUAAAAAAAAUAAUAAUAUAAAAACAGAAUUGUGACACAAACUCACAAUUGCGAGUUUAUAUAAUGCAAUUCUGAGGGGGAAACAAAUCAGAAUUGUGAGAUGUAACUGGCAAUUGCGGGAAAGCAUAUACAUUCGUUAUUCUUAAAUGUUCAUGUUCAGCACAAAAGUGCUCCACGAGGCGCAAGGCAAGAUUCCACAAGGCAAGACUGAAAUGUACAGUAGGUAAAAAAGCUAAAGCUCUCCUUCAUAACUAUUUGCUUUAAUGUGGUGCGAUAUUUGUUUGGGCAGCCUAAAACAGGCUGUGAAUGUGUCUCCUGUCGACUGUCUGCAGUCCAAUCACAAUUUAUUUCCUAAUAACCAGGUAAUGCUUGCACAUGACUACAUUCUCUUUGUAUAAUAGAACAGUGGUUCUCAACCACAUUCCUGGAGGCCCUCCAACACUGCACAUUUUGCAUGUCUCCUUUGUCUGACACACCCAUUUUAGAUCUUUGAGUCACUACUAAUGAGCUGAUAACCCUAAUCAGGUGUGUUUAAUUAAGGAGACAUGCAAAAUGUGCAGUGUUGGUGGGCCUCCCGGAGUGUGGUUGAGAAACACUGUAAUAGAAGAUACACACACAUUUUGAUUACAAACAAACAUGAUUAUUGUUUAAAAAUAGCUCUUUUUAAGUGACUCAGUAUACUCUAGACAAAUUAGCCUGUUAGCUUUGUAAGUGUUUUUAAUCGUGAAUUUAAAAGAACAUUAAAUCGAUGCUUAUUGAAAUAAAGUUAAAAUCAAACGGGAACACCUUACUGACGACAUGAAUGAAAGAGUCGGUUCUUUAUUAAAUUGUUUCUGCCAACGUUCACAUAAAAAAAAAACAGCUCAAAAGAAUCAUUUUAAAACAUGCCGCCUUCCGAACGCUGACUCUCUAGCGCCUCCUAGUGUUUGAAUUUAAUUAACACUUGGGAGGAGAGAAGAGCAAACGAGGUGUUCAGCUGAAAUUAAUAGUUUGUUGAAGGCUGCUUUCAGAGGCCUACACUAAAGCAAUUUGAUCCUCAUAUAUUUAGUUUAAGCCUGUAAAUGACUUAGAGACAGCAAACAGCAAAGCUAGCAAGGAGGGGGUCAAUUCCUAGGUUUCUCACUCAGAACUCAUGGAUGGUUGAGUUUGUGAGCUCCUAAUUCACAAUGAAGCCAGUAUUACUCAGCAUGACUGUCCUGCUCAUUUCCUACAGCUGUCUGGGUGAUCAUAUAUGCAUGUAUGUUGGUCUCGUCACCUGCUUCGUGCUCUUGGCUAACACAGUACGCCAGGCGGGAAAUAACUUGUCGGAUGGAGUUGGCCGGGCAGUGUUGGUAACAGGUUGUGAUAGUGGGUUUGGACAUCACCUUGCAAAGAAACUGGACAGCAUGGGCUUCACGGUGUUUGCUGGAUGUUUAUGGCCUGAAGGUCCCGGAGCUCAGAGUCUGGUUGAAGAAGGCUCCGAUCGUAUGAAGGUUCUCCAGCUGGAUGUAACCAAAGAUGAACAUGUAAGCUUGGUCAAAGAUUUUGUGGAAGCAAACUUGCCAGAGAAAGGCCUCUAUGCCGUUGUAAAUAAUGCUGGCAUCAGUGACUGGGGAGAGACCGAGUGGAGUACAGCUGAGGACUUCCAGAAGAUGGCUGAUAUUAACCUGUUUGGUGCCAUCAGAGUCACCAUCCCAUUCUUGUCACUUGUUAGAGCAUCCAAAGGUCGUAUGUUAUAUGUGUCAAGUAUCUUUUCUUUCUUCAAUUGUCUGAACAUGGGAGCAUACAGUGUAUCCAAGCGGGGACUGGAAGCGUUCGCAGACUGCUUGAGAGUAGAGAUGGCCAGUUUUGGAGUUAAGGUCAGCAUUAUUCAACCUGGAAAUUUUGGUGCAGCCACAAAUAUUCUGUGCAAGAAAGCACCGCAGGACAUAUGGGAUGAAUUUGACGAUGCACGUAAACUAAUGUUCAACCAGAAGUACAUUGAGAUGGCAUGUGAAUAUUUUCACUCAGUGUGCACUUCAGGAUUUAAGGAUUGCACUUCAGUUAUCAAUGCCAUGCUGCACGCUCUCACUGCUUCCAAACCUCAAACCCGAUACCUGCUCGUUUCCUGGACAGAUAAGUUGUUUUUCUACAUAUGCCCUAUUCUCCCCACAUGCAUCACUGAUUCUGUGUUUCUUAUGAGCUCCAUGUACCACAAGCGUAAAUUAAUGCUUUACUCAUAAUCAGAAUAGGAGAGCUUUCUUUACAUGACUCAGAUCCUGAUUGUUGCUGUAAGACUGAUGAACUCUAACAUGUUACGAAGUUUUCCUGGACCGCUGUUCACAAACAAUGUACUGAAGCAACAUUUGUGUUCUGUACUUCUUUCCCUUUUCUUUGUCUGAGUAAAAUAAUAAGUCUUUAUGACAAAAUCUUGCUGAAGAAUUUAUCAUAGCUAAGGAUUUUAAGGUCAAAUAUAUAUAUUUUUUUUUUUUCCCAAUUCAUCCUCCUUUAAUUAGAGAGAAACUAUUAUUUAUACUUUACAACAGCACCACAGGAUCAUUGAAACGAGUGAAGGUAAAAGGGUGAAAAAAGGUGAUCAGUUAACCUUAAAAUACACGUUUACAGUUUGGGGUCAGUAUAAGAAUUUGGUAACGCUUUAUUUUACAGUGUCCCUGUUACACAUGUACUUACUAUAGUAAUCACAGGAAAUUAUGCAUAAAUGCAAGCAACUAACUAUUAAUUAAUAUUACUCAGUACUUAUUUGUAUAAUUACACAACAAGGGCACAUUAAAAUAGUCUAAUAGUUUUUUUUUUUUUGUAUCUUUUUUUUUGAAAGAAAGAAAUGAAUACUUUUCAGCAAGGAUGUAUUAUAUUGAUCAAAAGUGACAGUAAGGACAUCUACAUUGUUAGGAAAAAAAAAAGAAAAACAUUUCAAAACGACUUUUUAUUCAUCAAAGAAUCCUAAAAAUAUUGUAAUGCAAUAUUUUUAGGAUUCUUUCAGAUUUUCACAAAAAAUCUGAAGCAGCACAACUGUUUUCAACAUUGAUAAUCAUAAAUGUUUCUUGAGCAUCAAAUCAUCAUAUCAGAAUGAUUUCUGAAGGAUCAUGUGACACUGAAGACUGGAGUAAUGAUGCUGAAAAUUCAGCUUUGAUCACAGGAAUAAAUUACACUUUACUAUAUAUUCAAAUAUAUCUGUAAUAACAUUUCACAAUAUUACUGUUUUUACUGUAUUUGUUAUCAAAUAAAUGUAGUUUCGGUGAGCAGAAGAGAAUGUAAAUUUCGGGGAUUUACGAUGCCGUGUAUGUAUGCAAAUUCAGCGUGUUGUUUACUUGUGUAGUAUGAGGAAAUGAGCCAAGCAUAAU